AUUUUACAUUCAAAUGUAUUUAUUUGUAAGAUGGCAAAGUUGGUUAUAGAAAGUGCACAAAAUCGGUUGAAAAUGCAAAUGCACAUAUUUUGGAUUUUGAACACUUUUAAGGUGUUUUAAAGCUUAAAACUCAGGCUAAAGGGUAAAUAUUGAUAUGAUAUUAGUGAAAAGUUGUUUGAAUAACCAAGAAACAUCAAAUUUCCAUCUAUCUUCCAUCCUCUUCUUUAUCUAUGCCAAAACUGUUAGUUAAUUCCCUGCUGAGAAAAAAAAAAACUUAAACCAGCCUAUGCUGGUCUUGGCUGGUUUUAAGCUGGUCUCCCAGUCUUUUCUAUUUGGUUUAGCUGGAAAGCCAGCCGGUCUCCCAGUCUCACCACCGGAAAAGUGCUUAAAACCCCUUUAAAAUCCACCAACAUACCAGCUUGACCAGGCUUGUAGACCAGCUUAGGUUUUUUUUUUAAGCAUGGUUCUUCUCUUUUUAUGCACAAGCUCAUACAUUCCUUAUUAUUUGAAGUGUUUGAAAUUUGCAUCUGGUUUCAUUUUGGUAAAGACAAAAUCAGAAAAAAAAUGUUUCUGUUUCAGUGUUCAUUCAUUGUCAGAUCAUUAUGUAUUCUCUACUCAACAAUAGAUAACCUACUGUACGUAUGUGAAGUAAACACUUCCAAAAUGAAGUAAAUAGGUCCGAGUACAUUUUGUUCUCUGUUGUCUUGAUAUAGCAAAGAGACUACUUGUGUUGUAUCUCAUUGUUGGCACAGUUCCCACGGUCUCCCCCUUCCGUCACGGUGCAAACGGACUUAGCUGAACCUCACUCACACAGACAGGAAACGUUGUAUGUCUUAGCAAAGAAACUGGAGCGGGUCCAAGAUCCUCAAAUAAUCAGCCCUGUAGAAAAUAAAGAUCUCAUAGCAUUCGCUUGACACACAAACCUUAACUGCAAUCGACGAUUGAUGAUAGUACAAAUAUUCUGCAUAUCCAAAAAGAAUUCAGAGCGGAGAGAACACCAUGUCCCUUCAAACGAUCAACAGCGCUAGAGAAGUGAAGCUUUCGUUUGCUGAAUGGAUGUGCACGAGCAUGCAAACUUCCUGGACCUUUUCUCAAACAAGCGGAUGCUUUCAGAAUCAAUUGGUAGACCAUAUGUUUUUAUUUAUGGUUUAAAUACUAUUUUUAUGGAAGUUUUGGGUACGGUUUAGUUUUUCAUUUUAGUCAACACGGAUUGGGACUCAACAUACUUCUAAAGAAAAGGCCCAGUUUGGAGCAGAGGAAGGUGCGUUCGCGAGAUGCGGCUCGCUGUAGGAGGAGUCAAGAGACGGAUGUGUUCUAUGAGCUGGCCCACUCUUUACCCCUGCCACGACGUAUCGCCUCCCACCUGGACAAAGCUGCCAUCAUGAGGGUGACGCUCAGCUAUCUGCACAUGAACCGCCUGAUCCAGUCCGGUUCUACCAAAACACAAUCUCUUGAGGAGACCGAAAAUCCCACUGAUGGGUUUUAUCAGCAGGCAUUAGCUGGUUUUGUUAUGGUGAUGACCGAGGAAGGGGACAUGGUCUUCCUCUCAGAGAGCGUCAGCAAAUAUAUUGGCAUAACACAGCUGGAGCUGCUAGGACAGAGUGUGUAUGAGUUUGUUCAUCCCUGUGAUCAAGAAGAAUUGCGAGACAUCCUCACCACUAGACCAGGACUGUUGAAGAAAAAGACAGAAAAGUUGACCGAACAUAAUUUCUUCCUUCGUAUGAAGAGCACUCUCACGCACACAGGAAGAACCGUUAAUAUCAAGUCUGCCAACUGGAAGGUCCUUCAUUGCACAGGACAUUUACAGACUCUCAGCAGUGAGGAUGAGAGUUCGCCCCCUGGUGGCAGCUUCCUGACAUUGCUGUGCGAGCCCAUUCCCCACCCCUCCAGUGUUGAGUUCCCGCUAGAUAGCAGCACAUUCCUCACACGCCAUAACAUGGACCUGACUUUCACACAGUGUGAUGGGCGAGUCACUGAGCUUGUUGGAUACGAACCAGAUGAUCUGAUUGGCCAGUCAGCCUACGAGUUUUACCACGCCCUUGAUUUUGAUCAUGUGACCAGUAGUUUACACAUCUUGUUCUCCAAAGGCCAGGUGUGCACCAGUCAUUACCGCUUCCUGGCUAAGAAUGGAGGCUUCGUCUGGACUGAGACCCAAGCCACUGUCCUCUACAACAGCAGGACCUCUCAGCCUGAAGCUGUGGUCUGCCUCAACUUUAUUCUCAGUGGGGUGGAACAGGCAGAUGUUGUGUUCUCAUUAGAACAGACCAGUGAUAAACCAAAGCCCAAAGCUGUGAAGCUGAGCCUGUUUGAAGAAGAGGACUCGGACAUGGAGGUGAGCAGUACUGCUAAGCUCUUCCUCCAGAUGAAGAAGAAUCCCGAGGAAUUACUGCAGCUGGCACCCCACUCUGGAGACACCAUCAUUUCCCUGACAGAGGGUGUGGAUUUGUCAUUCACAGAGGGUGUGGAUUUGUCAUUCACAGAGGGUGUGGAUUUGUCAUUUGGCCGUCCAACUAGUCUCAACGGUAUCCCAGAAUGCCCUCAGGACUUCUGUACACCUGAACUCCGCCAGCUCCUUUCUCCAAUAUUCGACAAACCUUCCAAUUCCCCACCCGCUGCGAGCCCUGCUGAAGAGCUGCCUAUGGAGAUGGAUGGGGUGGAGAAGUUCUUUGCCCUUAAACCUGAGGAAAGCAUAACGAUGAAAGGCCAGACAGAGAAUAUGGAUGAGCUUGAUCUGGACAUGCUGGCUCCAUAUAUCUCCAUGGAUGAUGACUUCCAGUUGACCUUCCUGCCCCAGUGUCCUGAGACCGUUACAUCUUCUCUAGAAAUUCAAACCAACACUUCAAGGAAACGAUGUCUAGAAGACAAGGAAGAGGAUGACAUUCCUGCUCUGGCUGCCAAGUGGGAGAAGAGAGAGAUGAGUAGCUCCAUAGAGAAACAGCUUUUGCUCAGCCACACCUUGCUGAAUGGCCUGGCCGAUAGUGAUGGUUCAGAAGAGUUUGAGUCGCCAUCUCAAAAGCAAAGUCAGCUUUUGACCGACAGAGACCCUUUGCUGGGGGCGGCUCAGGCUUUGUGUGAUACAGCAGCGCUAAUGAGGAACACCUUCUUUUCACGCCCACCUGAUUUAUUGAGGCCAGUUGCUGAUACCAUGUCAUCCCUUACUUGAGGAGGAGACGAUACAGAUUACCACACAGCUUUCAACAAGUAUAGUGACUGGUUACAGGGAGGAAAAUGAAUAAUCCACAUACUCUUCACACUCAACAUGUAUCAGUGUAACAUGUAUAACAUAAAGUGAUGAUUUACGCACACAAGGAUAAUUGGCCUAAAUAUUCUGUAUACUAUAUACUCAUACUUUUUUUUUCUUAACUGAUUCUUCAGCAAAAAGUGUAGUCGAAAUAGACCCUUGUUUGUAACCUAACAGAAUUAAAGUAACGUAGUCAAAUAAAACCACUGGGUAUGGGAUCUGCCCCAUCCUCGGCAGAGAUCUUGAUUUUAGAAUGGACAUAGUUAGAGGUUAGCAGCAUUUCUAAACAUAAUUUUGGUGCUCUGAUCACCAUUUGUCUUCAGCCAUUAGGUUUGAAUUCAUCCAAAGCACAACUGUGGCCAAAGGAGUUUAAAAUCGAAGAUAAACUGGUCAGGAUAUGUUGGGAAUAGAGUUAACACACUGUACCACACUUAGCCUUAGUCGAAAUCUAUAAUUCUAGAAACCUUCAAGCAUAACCUAACUUCACUGUAAGUUUAUCUGAAAGAUUUUACUAUACACCUUUACCUCUACUUUACCAACUGAUUUCUUUCAAAAAUGAGUGGUUCUGUCUGUUAGAAUUGUGGGUGCGAGCGGAAAAGGGCUUACUAUAAGUGAAUGUAAUCAUGCUCUCAAGUUAAUGGAUAAUUCAUUGAGGCCAUAGCUGACAAACGCAACAAAUACUCUUUGACAUCUUUUUAUAAAGCAUUUUAUAUACUUGCAAGUGAAUCUAUACUUAUGUGUCUUUUGGUGUUCAACUACAAAUAUUAAUGUUUUCUGUUCUUGUUUCACUUUGAAUUUGUCUAACAAUUACUUCUGUAAUGGUUUUCAAAGAGGUUGUGGUGGUUAUGCUGAAAGCCUUAUGUAAUGUCUUUUGAACCCUACGGUGACAUGCUAACACGGCAGAUGUAUUGAUCAGUCAAUUAAAAGGAUUGCAGUAAAUGAUCAUCUUUGGUCUCUACAUUUUUAUCUUGUUUGAUGAUAUUACAGUCUGUUUCAAGAUCAUCAUUUUGGAACAUUUAAGGAACAUUAUUUUUAAAUGGUGACAAAGAUCACCAUUGUGGUGCUUUUAUUUUUUUCAGUUGACUGUGAAUCAAAUAUGUUCCCCUGAUUUCUGUAGGCAGUACAGAUGUGAUUCAAGGGGCCUUAUUCAAAUGGUGUUACAUAAAAAGACACAUGCCUUUCUCAAAUGGCUAACUGUUCUUUGAAUACUCCAUAGAUGUUCUGUAUAUUACCUUGUGUAUUUUUGAAUUUAUUUCCUAUGUACCUUUAACUUGUAUUGACUGAUACAGAAAUAAAACAUGUUAAAUGCA